GCCUCUGAGCUCCUAAAAUGGAGGAUCAAGAGACUGCAGAAGCUGGAAUCUGGAGCGGAAUUAUAUAACGCCAAAAUACUGUAGAUAAAUAUCGGUGGACGUUUCGGGUCGAGUCACACUGCAUCAGGACCGAACUGGCGGACUGGGGAAGAUUCAGCGCGGACACCGCAUUCAAAUUCUGGCAAAAUUCGGCGGGGAAAGGAACCAGGCACAAAAUGCUAGAGUCAUCGGGCAGUGUCUACGGAGGGAGAUAAACAGUCGAUUUUUCGGAUCGAAACCCUUCACUAAGACUGGAAAGGAAAGGAAAGCGGUGUUGAAGAAUUAGCUGCCACUCUCAAGAUGGCGGUCGCAGGUUCCCAUUCCCUACGACCCUCCAAAUAUGGUGGUGCGCUGACAAGGACUAGCCAAUCAGGGACCGUGUUGUGAGACGGCGGGCUGUCGUUGGCGACGCUAUGGGGAGCUUGUGGCGAGCGUGGCCGGCUGUGGCGGUGGGCUUGUUCCCGAAACGGGGCUUGCCCUGUCGCCUCCAGUGCAGGGUUGGCCCGCCGCUCUGGACCGAGGGGCGGGGGCAGCCCCGGAGGGCAGCUCAGUGCGGGCAGAGCCACGGUCACUCGGUGCGCCAGAACUAUUCCAGGGAGUGCGAGGAGGCGAUCAACCAGCAGAUCAAUCAGGAGCUCAGCGCUUUCUACGUCUACCUGUCCAUGUCAUAUUACUUCGACCGUUAUGAUGUUGCUUUGAGAAACUUUGCCAAGUUUUGCUUGGAGCAGUCUGCUGAAGAGCAGAAGCAUGCUGAGAAGCUGAUGGAGUUUCAGAAUAUGCGUGGAGGCAGCAUUGUCCUGUAUGAUAUCAAGAAACCUUUCCAGGAUGAAUGGGGCAGCGGCUUAGAGGCAAUGGAGCAUGCAUUGGAGCUUGAGAAAGAGGUCAAUCAAAGCAUUCUGAACCUGCACAAGCUGGCAAGUGAACAGAACGAUCCAAAUCUAUGCGAGUUCUUGGAGGCAAACUACUUGAAUGAACAAGUCAUAGCCAUUAAGAAGCUUGGGGAUCACAUAACCAACCUGAAGAAAUUGGGAGCUCCUGAGGAUGGUAUGGGAGAGUACCUGUUCGACAAGCACUCUCUGGGUGGGGACAGUUAAUGACAUGCUUUGAUAAAUGCAUCCUCUUAGGGAAUGCCCUGUGCUUGGCUUUUAUCAUUUUCUGCAAAUCUUUCCAAAUCUACAGAAAAGAUUCCUAUAUUCACCUGAGAGAUGUGUUGCGGUAGAUCCCAGUGCCCCCACUGUUAAAUUAGAACAAUUGUUGCCAAUCUAAUCCUGGUUAAUGUAGGGCCAGAUUAAAGAUGACUUUGAAAAAUACUGUGUGUAGAACAUGUUGCCAUCUGUUUCCAAAUAAAACCUGAUAA